AUGAAAGGAUUCUUGAGUAUAGCCAUGAUUUUGUACAUUGUCACAUAUACAAAGAUUGAAAAGUAAGAUAUUAUGAUGAGAUAAGUAAUUAAGGGGUGAUGGAUUAAUAUAGGAAUAGAGGUGUAUAAUAAAAGAUUGAGGAAUAAACAUAAUAAAAGAUUGGACAUUUGGUAGUAAAUUGA